AUGCCUGUCCUGGAAGACGGGGAACCACCACCGCGUGGACUUGGGUCCAUUGCACUCACAUCGAGAUACCCGCACCUCGAUUCGAGCGGAUUACGGAUACGUACGCCGUCGCCAGAGCCAUGGACUCCACGCGACGAAGAAGAGGAGGCUGAGCUCCUCUCUCGCGGGGCAACGUCGCGGCGGCGAAAGCAGCGGCUGCGAGACAGGUGGAUCACAGUUAUGGGCUUCAAGCUCCCGCUCCCACUAUUCGUCAUGUUCCUCCUCCCGCCGAUCCUCGUGGCGUUGUCCUUCCUCUUCCACUUUCCCUCAUCGCUCCCGCACGGCGACAGCCUGUCCCUCCUGUCAAACGGGACGCACGAGUUCCACGCCACGACAAUAUUGCUAUCCAUUGACGGCUUUCGGCCCGAUUACCUCGAGCACGGUGACCUCGUCCCCAACAUUCUCAGCAUGGGCCGAGAGGGCCUGCGUGCUAAGAGCAUGGAGCCCAUCUUCCCCACCCUCACCUUUCCCAAUCACUGGGCCAUGUUGACCGGGUUACAUGCCGAAAGCCACGGGAUUGUUGCCAACGACUUUUGGGCGCCGGACGUACAGGGCGAGUUCAGCAGCCGCAAUAAGAGCAGCUGGAACCCGCGGUGGUGGUGGGGCGAGCCCGUCUGGAGUGUGGCUGAGCGCGGCGGGCGGCGGUCUGCGCAGAUGAUGUGGCCCGGCCCGCCGACAACAGCCGCGGGUAUCACACCGAGCUUCUUCGUCGAGUUCAAGCACACCGCGCCGCUCGACAAACUCCCCGAGCUUCUCUCGUAUUUCGAUAAGCCGAUCGACGCGGCGCCUACACUCAUCCUGUCGUACUUACCCGACGUCGAUGUCGCAGGACACGCUGGUGGUCCUGUGAGUACUGAUGUCGAAGACGCGUUGAGGCGCGUGGACGGCUUUGUCGGCGCGCUGCGCGCGGCACUGUUGCAGCGUAACCUCUCUGAUAUUGUCGACCUGGUUGUCGUAUCAGAUCAUGGUAUGGCAGCGACGAGUGUGGAGCGCCUCAUUUUCCUCGAGGAUCUCCUCGGCGAAGGGUUUAAUGACCUCGAGUAUCGCGACGGCUGGCCGUCCCUCGGGCUGCGGUUCCGCGACCAGUCACCCGUGGACAAGUACCUCGAGAUGCUGAAGACGGCCUCGGAGAACGGGUCGUUUUCGGUUUACACGCACGACACGAUGCUUGAGCGGUGGCAUUUCAACCACGGCGCGCGCGUCGCCCCGAUCUACCUCGUACCCGAGCUGGGCUGGGUGAUCACGGACCAUGACGAGCUGGACAAGAACAGCCACAACGGUGUGAUGGACAUCAAGGGUGCGCACGGAUACGAUAACAUCCUCCCAGAGAUGCAGGCCGUCUUCUUCGCCGAGGGCCCCUGGGCGGAGCGUGUCAAGGCAGUGGCGGGGACGCACGAGGACAUGUGGGAGACGGUGCAGCCACCAGUGUUGAAGCCAUUCCGCAACCUCGAGUUGUUCAAUCUCAUCAUGCGCCUACAGGGUUUAGAGCGCAUCGCGCCACCGAACAAUGGGACAGACGGGUUCUGGGAGAGGCUUGUAGGCUAG